GUAUGGAUGUUAUUUAUGGUUAUGAAACUUAUAUUAUAACUACUUUAAUAUUCAUUUCGUGCUAUUUUAUAUUGUGAGUUCAUUUGUUUUAUGUAGUAACCAAUGGAUGAUAAUAGCACAAGCAGUGGUUCACUAUAUGAGUCAACUUCAUCUUCUGAAGAGGGUGAUGAUUUAGAUGAAAUUUUUAUUGCUCACAUUAUGAAUGAGUAUGAGGAAAUAUUUUUAUGCAAGACACCUCAAAGGACAUCAAUGUUAAGUGGUGCACAAUUUGUAAGAGAUAUGAUAGAAGGUCAUCCUCAGACAUGCUAUGAACUAUUUUGGAUGGAUAAAGAAACAUUUAUGAACCUUUGUGAUCAUCUUAAGAGACAUGAAAACUUACAGGAUACACGAUUUGUCACAGUUGAAGAGGCAGUGGCUAUGUUCUUACUAAUCGUAGGACAUAAUGUGAGAAUGAGGGUUGUAGUAGACCGUUUUCAACACUCCACAGAGACUAUCGCUCGACACUUUAAAGAAGUUAGACGUGCAUUAUGUCGACUUGGCAAAAUUCUCAUAUGUCCUAACAAUAUGACCAAUGAGGUGUCUUCAUAUGUUGCUAGUAAUCCUAAAUAUUUUCCAUGGUUUAAGGACUGUAUUGGUGCAAUUGAUGGCACUCAUAUUAGUGCAUGGGUCCCAGCUGAUAGACAAACCAGUUUUAAAGAUGAGAGUGCAGCAGCUAUGGUAGCUUGUAGAGAUCAAAUUGCUGAAGUGAUGUGGGCAAAUUAUAUUAAUGUCAAUCCAUGA